GAUGUCAACUGCACUUAUGAAGAGCAAUCUACAACAGUAUGGAAAUGUGAGUGAAUAUAGUUACAUUCAAGAUGCGCAUGCUAGGUAAAGAAGGACAAUCUCGGCACGCAAAGAUAAUUUUUGUACAAUAUGAGAGGGGAAGGGAUUGCCAAUGGUCGAGGCGAGUGGAGGUGGUUGAAGGUAGAAGUUCAGCAGUCGACGGUAGACAGCCGGAAAUUUUAAAGCAACUCGUAAUGGAGUUACGCGAAGUAAAUCGUAAUUUUGACACUGCAGAAGAAACUACAGAACUUCUAUCGCCAUCCAACCGUGAUAAUAUGGAAAUUGAAAGUUAUUUCAUCGAAUAUGCUAUUCAAAAAGAAAUAAUAAAUCGCAAUCGAUGUCCUGCCAGUCGUCGUUUGCUUAGUCAAACAGCUCAUUUAGCAGAUUUUAAUCUCACGAAUGGUAAUUACCAAAAGGAUACGUCGUCCGUCGGUAUCAGUAUGAUCCAUACUUCGAACGCAAAUUGGCCUCCUUCUAGAAAGAGAGAAGAGGCAAAAGCGUUGGAAAAUCUUCGAAAAAGAGUGGAACAAUCAAAACUGUAUAAAGCAAAUCGGAUUUCAGAUACCUGCGGAUCGACUUCUACUUCUUCAGUUCUGAAUAAUGAUCAAAUUCAUCAGCUCGACAAUCGACCGAAGCUAUUAAAAAAGAUCCUGAGUAACAGGCCGAUGAGUAUCGCUCAUGACAGUAACGAUUUGGAGACUGAUUGGCGCGAUAGCGAAUUCAUAACGGAAUGUUUGUGCUGGCAUAAUGUUUAUCGACAAAGACACAAUGUACCACCUCUAACGAUGUCACCACAGUUGUGUGAGUAUGCACAAACAUGGGCCAAUCAUUUAGCGCACACGAACACAUUUUACUAUAGAAAUGAUCGAGAGGUAGGACAAAAUCUUUAUUGUCGACCUGGCGGUGCUAUUCCUACUGAUGUAACUGGACAAGAUGUUGCAUCGUAUUGGUAUUCGGCAGUCAAGCAAUAUGACUUUUUGAAAGAACCGGAUAUUCUCCAUGCUAAUGUAAACGCAGGACAUUUUACACAACUAAUUUGGGCUAGUAGUCGUUAUUUCGGUGUUGGAAAAGCGCGUAGCAGAAGCGGAAAAAUCAUCGUAGUGGCUAAUUAUCAACCCGUUGGUAAUAUAUCCGGACAAUUUCAAAAUAACGUAUUACCUCCUUUACCUGAAAAUAUAAAUAUCACUUUAUCGUCUCAGCGACAACCAUCCACAAAAGUCUUUCGCGAACAUUACGUUGCAUCCGAUUCACCACUGCUUGCAUCAUCCACCGUACCGCUUUCGGAUACAGCAUCGACGGAUAGUGAUCAUUCUUCCGUCAGUUCCACGCAAUAAUAUAGA